AUGUUCUCGCAGUCACGAGCCAAACCAAAGAAAAAAGAAUUAGAGCCUUUGAAGUCCGUAAUUAUUCAACCAACUGCAAAUCAUUCGGCUAGUGUUAUUUUCCUUCAUGCACCAGAAAUCCCAGUUAGUCUGCUGAAAUCAGUUGAUCAAAUUAAAAAAAUCGUUCAGUCAGAAAUAAAUUCCGGUAUCUCGGCAGAAAAAAUUAUGGUGGUAGGUCAUUCCCAAGGAGCCUCAGUAGCCUUAGCAGUUGGUUUAACUUCCGAUUAUCGUUUAGCAGGGAUUAUUGGGUUAA